UGAAGUUCCAGUCGGAGAUACAGAUGGAGAAGACAGACGCGGUCUAGGAGUACAAGAGGAAUUAUUGCCUUGCUCGUAUUUGUGCCUCCCCAUCAGUCAGGUUCAGGUUUUUCAUGAUGUUCCACCAGCUGACCGAUCAAACGGUGAAUGGCAGCUGCCAGGGACCCACCUCAGCGUGCAAUAAGAGCGCUGAUGGAGACGUGCUCCAGCUGCCCACUUUCUCCACCGCGGCCAAAGUCAGAGUCAUCAUCACCUUCACUCUCUGCGCGGUGUCGGCUGUGUGCAACUUGAUCGUGCUCUGGGCUGCCAGCAACGGCGGCAGGCGCAAGUCGCACGUCAGGAUCCUCAUUAUGAACCUGACCGUGGCAGACCUGCUGGUCACUUUCAUCGUGAUGCCCGUGGACGCGGUGUGGAACAUCACGGUGCAGUGGCAGGCGGGAGACGUCGCCUGCAGGCUGCUGAUGUUCAUGAAACUGGUGGCGAUGUACUCGUGCGCUUUUGUGACUGUGGUCAUCAGCCUGGACAGACAGUCUGCCAUCCUCAAUCCACUGGGGAUCAGUGAGGCCAAAAGGAAAAGCAAAAUCAUGUUGACUGUUGCCUGGACUAUGAGUGUGAUCCUCUCACUCCCUCAGAUGUUUAUAUUUCACAAUGUGACCAUCACGGUCCCAGAGAACUUCACCCAGUGCACCACACACGGCAGUUUUGUCCAGCACUGGCAGGAGACCCUCUACAACAUGUUCACCUUUGUAUGCCUCUUCCUCCUUCCUUUGGUCAUCAUGAUCUUCUGCUACACACGAAUCCUUGUUGAGAUAUCCAGCCGCAUGGCUCGUGGUAACUUGGUAUCCAGAGAUGUUCAUCUCCGCCGCUCUCACAACAACAUCCCUAAAGCUCGGAUGAGGACUCUUAAGAUGAGCAUCGUCAUCGUGACAUCAUUCAUCGUCUGCUGGACGCCGUACUACCUGCUAGGCCUGUGGUAUUGGUUGUUUCCUGAAAAAAUGGAGGAAACAGUUUCCCACUCUCUGACUCAUAUGUUGUUUAUAUUUGGCCUCUUCAAUGCCUGUCUAGAUCCCAUCACUUACGGUCUGUUCACUAUCCAUCUUCACCAGGGUCUUAAGAGACGCUGUCGAAGUUCGAACACACGGACCGAUUUAGAAAAUAACACUUGUCUUAUACAUAUGACUCGCCUGUCAUCUCACAGGCAGACUGUCUCAGGUGGCCACAAUACAGACAUAGAGGAAGGAAAUGACAAGAACAGCAGGAAGAGCAGCUCAAGGCCAAUCAUCCCAGUGAGUAAGAUAUAAUAGUGCAAAGAAUUCUAAUGAAAAGAAUUGCUGAUUUUAAUCAGUGCUGAGCUUAGUCUCUCAGCUGAGAUUGCAGCUAGUUCAGUGAUUCUGCGCUGAAAUGCUGAAGCUUCACAAACAUUUCAGUCUUGAAAAUUGGUUCAUUUUUGUUCCACUGAUGUAAUCAUUGCUGUGUUGUAGCUCAUCUCUGGUCUGUUCAUCCCGCACAUCAUCUGUCACACAUAAUAUCUUGGAUGGCACGGAAAAGAAUUUGAGAAAAUGCUGCAAAGUGAUGCAUGUUGUUACUCUUUUGCAGCAUAUACAAAAACACCAUGACUGGCUGAGGAUGACCCUGCACAUCAAACAAAAUGCCUUAAACACUGCCGAUCAGAUUUACUGGAAGCUGAAAGAGUAGCUGAUGACAAAUCUGCUUAAAGUUUCUAUAAACUGACUAAGGAGCCAAACACCACUCUUGAUAACAGUAGGUGUAAAAAAGAAGUUAGAGGGUGGUCACACCCACAACACACAGUCUUGUUUCCAUGACUUCAGGGGACAUUACACUAACUUACAUUAAUUUCCUCUGCUCUUACUUUAACCAUAACUACUACUUUCCUAAUCCUAGCCCUUACCUUACCUUUCACCCAAACAUAACCUUACCCUAUCUUCACCUUAAUUUCUUGUCCCCAUAACGAAGAAAUGUCUCUCUCUCUCUCUCUCUCUCUCUCUCUCUCUCUCUCUCUCUCACACACACACACACACACACACACACACACACACAUCCUUGUACGCUUCUCUUUUUGGGGACCCAUCAUUGACAUAAUAUAUUCCCUUGCCUCUUACCCCAACUUUAACCAUCACAACUGAAUGUCUAACCCUAAAACCAAGUCUUCACCCCAAAACAGCAGUUUUUAGAGCCCACAAAUAUAGUCAAACAAGCCCAGACACACAAAUGUGCACUCUGCUCCACAUACAAACAUGAUAAACAGUGUGCAUGUGAUUAAUCAAUAAGAUAAAACCUGUUUGUGAUUUAAAAUAUUUGCCACUCUGGUAAAAUGGAGAUUUCAGAGUUUUAUAUUUUUAUUACAUGUUGGGUUUUAUGCUACAAGGUCCUGUGCUGAUCAUCACUUAUUGACUGAAGACUACUCUAACAAUACAUUCAUGGUGCUUUGUGUGCAAUGUAAAAGACUGCAAUUUAGCUUCAUUGCAAAAAUGAAUGUUUUGUCAUGAUCAUUAUUGACCAUGACAGCCUUUUAAAUAAAUAUUGUGGCAGUUGUACAGUUGUAUGUAUUGAAUGUACCUGGACCUGUUGAUGCAUUAUUGACUGCUUAAUUUAGUCUGAUAGAUUUUGUGUUUACUGUGUUGCACAAAAAUCACCCUGGAAACAAAGCUCUAUAGAGUAAUUCAUCCUAUCAUUUAGUAUAGUUUAUAUCAGUAUUGGUGUUAUUGGCGUAUUAUGUUGUGAAUUAUGUUAUUUUCUGUGGCCAAGAAACAGACAAGGAAACAGCUUAAUUUAAAUCUGGAACUUAAAAACUCUUUAAUAUUGUAAAGUUAACAGUUAACUUACCUGUUUGAAAUGUCGUUGCAACACCACUGCAAAAGCAUUUGUUUGUUUGCAUGAUAUUGUUUCUUUUCUGCAAGUUAUGCAAGAUGUUGUGAUGUAAACUUGUAAUGUGCUUAUUUGUUGAAUUAAAAAAAAUCUGCC